GUUGUUGGUACAUGCCGUUACUAGCCUCGUCUUGAUCGUUAACUUAAACAAUAGAGAGAGCUAACAAUAAUGCCAAUCAGUUGACCGUGCUAUACCACUACUGAGGAUUGUUGUUACUUAUCCUUAUCUGUCAACAAAUGUUACUGAUGGCGCCUGCAGCAGCAACCUAACAUACGUUUGGUUUCUUUGAUCGUAUUGCCGGGUCCAUUGAUAGCUUUCCAACGUCGGAGAUGACACUCCUGACGCAGUGGCCUCUGAGAAGCCUACUUUGGAUGUUCAGCAUAGGAAUUGUGGUUGGUGCAUCAGCAUUCAUUAUCUUCAUCUAUGUCCUAUACUCAUCACAAAAUACUAACAUUCCUAAAUGGCGCUCGAAACACACACCGACCCAUCUUCUCGUUGUCUUAGGCAGCGGCGGACAUACGGCCGAAAUGUUCUCCAUGUUACGACGUAUAAAGCUCGAUCCGUCUCAGUAUACAUAUCGCACAUAUGUUGUGAGCUCGGGGGAUAAUUUCAGCGCCACGAAGGCAGUUGAGUUCGAGACUCGUUAUUUCAAUCACGGCCGAAGAGCACCUGCGACCGACUGUAGCCUAGCAGAAUCGUACACUAUUGUGACUGUGCCGCGCGCACGUCGUGUACACCAGUCAUUUUUGACGGCGCCUCUUUCAACCCUCAGAUCUUUCUGGGCAUGUCUUCUUGUCCUGCGUGGACAAUAUGCUGACCAAAAGCGGCUUCCUUCAUCAAUGAUUUCGCCGUAUCCGGAUGUGAUUCUUACGAACGGUCCUGCUACGGCGGUUUGCGUUAUACUAUCUGCUAGGCUCCUCCGUCUCUAUAGUUUCAUCAGAGGCUUCGUUCCGUUCAAAACGGUUUUGGGAGGUGAAGAUUUAGCACCGACUGAUUACCAACUCCGUACGAUUUUCAUAGAAUCAUGGGCCCGUGUGACAACUUUGAGUCUAUCGGGUAAGAUACUGUUACCUUUUGCUGACCGUUUCCUCGUUCAAUGGCCUGGACUAGAAGGAAGAAGAGCGUGGAAAGGCAUGAGAAAGACGGAAUACGUGGGCAUGCUUGUGGAUUGAAUGUGGCCCAUAUUGUCCCGAGGCCAUUAUUAAUCUCUUUUCGGUGUAUUUAUGUGUGAAUGUACACGAAAGCCAUUUGUGAACGAAAUUUAGGAAGACUCGUCUACUCCUUAGCACUCAAAACGAAAACAAGGACGGAAUGGCGAGGCGAUCGCUUUCUUCGUCCUUUCAAUAUUGUGAGGGGCUAAAUCGGUUCAGAAUUCAAACUCGGCCAUAAGAACGUCUAUUCAUUAUUCAACAGCCCCCCUCCCAUUUGGCCAUAGAAAGUUUUUAUGAUCCACUUCUCUACUGAAGGUUAGGGAUGUCCC